AUGCGAGUUGUAGUUCCUAAAAUGCAGAUGCCAUACUUCAUUAUAGGUUCAAUAUGUGAAGAUGAACCACCUACUGUUGAGCACGGUGUGUACUGGAACAUCAGACGUACUAUUUGGAGUAUUGGAUUUAAACACUUAGAGAUUGCCGAUCCAGUAGAACCUCCUUACUACUUGUGGGACAUGAUAACUUACAAAUGUGAACCUGGACGACGUUUAGUUGGUCCGCUACCGAGAUGCAGUGGGCGUCGACGUUGGACCAAUGAAAUUCCGGUGUGCGUGGCUAUGCUACCUGCGUAUUUAUUAGAUGUGUCAUGUCGGGAUCUUGUUCCAAGUGUGAACAAUUCAACAUACUAUCGAUAUUUGAGACCGUCUGAAGAGACAAUGCUGCCAGUUUUCAACAAGUUGAUUCCUCUCAUCAAUGACGUAGUUGACUACAAAUGUGAGAAAGGAUUAAUGCUCACAGGAGAACCUCCAAAAUGUCUCAAAAAUAACACGUGGUCAAGACACACUGCACGAUGUGCUGUUCCAUGCUUUGAGAGAGUUGACCUAAAUUUGAUAUCAAAAUAUGGUUUAACAUGCGGAAGUGGAUGCUUUACUACCGAAGAUUGUGACUCGGGAAUGGAAUGCUUUUGCGACGGACCUUGUUCCCGAGUUUGUGUUGACCCAAAUAUUGAGUGUGGCGAGGCAUCCCUUGUUGAAUAUGCCAGCAUUAAUUAUACUGGAUCGGCAAUACGUAAAGUUGCCAGGUAUUCUUGUGAUUACGGUUAUUACAUGGCAUAUGGAUCUCCUUCUCUUUACUGUUCCGGAUCAGGAUUAUGGAUUGGAAAUGAGCCUAUUUGCAUGCCUGUACAAUGUGGUGAUCCUAGCACGAGUAUACAGGAGACCGGUGGAUCAAUCAGGUCUUACGGUGGAACAUACGUGGGAGCAAUAAUAAGAUUCCAAUGUCAUGGAAAUGAUAAAAUGCUUGGAGCAGAACAUAGAACUUGUUUAGGAAAUGGUAAAUGGAGUGGACCACUGACAAUUUGUGAUCUACGUGUUUUAUAUGGAGAUGAAGAACAAACAUGUCUAUGGUUCAAAGAAUGGUCUGAAAAUGGCAUAGCUCCUACCUGCGUUGAUCAUCGGUAUCCACAUACUUCCGACGACGUGAUGAGAUCUUUGACAAGAUCGUUAGCCAAUUUGCCUGAUCAACAAACAAGUCUCGGGCGAUCUAUCAGCAACGAUAUAAAUGAAGGACAAGAGAUUUACCUCUUGUUCGAUGUUUCACAAAGCGUUCUGAACCGAACGAAGGAUUUCAAAUACAAAAUGGAAUUUGCAAAACGACUUGUUAAACGAAUGGAAGGAUUCAAAGGAAAUAUAAUGUUUGGAAUAAUGAUUUUUGCCUCAUCAAAUUUUACGGUACUGGAUAUUACUAAUAAGGGGAAUGAACGGAGGAACACAACGUACAUAUUAGAAACACUAGACAAACUUUACAUAGAAGCUUUGAAGCCCGCCAACGAAUACAAAGCAAAAACAAGAUCUGGAACAGCAACUGCCCAUGCGUUAUCAAAACUCGCAGAUGUUAUGUCAUUUAUGAGAGAGCAGAAGGGAAAUGCUAAUAAUAAAAGACAUUGUUUUAUUUUCACUGACGGUAAACACACGCAAGGAACUGAUCCCGUUCUAAAACGAAAAGACAUAGAAAAGCAGUUCAAACCAAAUAUUGAGUUUUACAGCAUAACCGCAUGUCAUGAUUGUAAAGAUGAUGGUAAAAGUCAAAAAGAAUUAGUUGGACUCUCGUCAAAAAGUGGAGACAACUAUAUUUAUAUAAAAGAUUACUAUCAACUUUCAAGUUAUCUUGAUAAAGUCACUGAUGUAAAAUUGGAUUUUACCAAAUGUGGCCAAGCUGGUGACGUUAAAAGCAUAAAACAACAAGCGAGUUUAGCAAGAUCAACAGGCAGUGAACAGGCGGCCGAGAAUGCCUGGCCCUGGCCAGCUUUGAUUACUGAAAAAUCACAAACACCGGAGACGACAUUGCAGAAAGGAAUGUUGGGCGGAGGUUCAAUUUUGAAUAGAAACUGGAUACUAACGGCAGCUCACUUACUUGGUAUGCAAUCGCAGAUCCAUAAUUGGUUGGAGGCUUAUGUGAUAUCUGUUGGUAAGAUAUUCAAACCUGUGUCUCAUAUGAAAAUCGGAUUCGAGUUUGAUUCAAACAUGAAGCCCACCAUUGUCAAUCAGUUAACAUUUGGAUACCACAUUCGUCCCAUAUGUCUACCUUGCAAAGGAACAUGCUUGAAAAAAGAGCAAUUGGUGGAUGACAAUGGAGUACCAUUGAUAAACGACAGAAUGACCUCAGAACAAAAAUGUUUUAAAGAAGAGGAACUACUACUUGACAAUAACGCAAAAGUUGUCGCAACUGGAUUUGGACAUAUGAACCAGUGUGAUACUGGUAUAAAAAAUGCAGACUUGAACGUAUCACAAAAACUACUACAAGCUUUGCUACAAAUACAAAAUAAAAGCAUCUGUGAAAAAAUGGGCGAAAAGAUGCGGAGAGAGGUGAAUGCCGGGACCCACAAUCUAGACAAAAUGUUUUGCUGCAAGUCUGGAAAUAGAAAUAGGAAAACUGAUGCUUGCAAAGGUGAUAGCGGCGGACCUGUUGUGCGAGAGGUAAAAAAUAUUAAAACCGGAACUUCAUGUUGGGUUCAGAUAGGCAUAGUAAGCUUUGGAUAUGGAUGUGGGUCAAAGUAUCCGGGAUAUUACACAAAUGUUGCAAGAUACAUUCCUUGGAUUGAAGCAAAUAUUGAUGUUUAG